CUAGUCCAAUCCAACACAAGCUAUCGAGUGAAACAUCAUCAUCGCAAGUUGCAACACUGACCUGGAACAAGUGACAAAUCCAAUUGGAUCUCGGCCAUCCGACGGGGCCGUUCCAUUUUGAAGCCGCCGUUCGUCAUGAGUCCAGCCUCCAUGUCCACCUAAUUCACUCUUUGGUUGAGAUAUGUCGCCUUCACUUGAAGUAAAGGCUAAUCCGGAGGAUGACAAAUCGCCCGAGGAGCCUUCUCGACAAUUGCGCAAACGUAAAUUGGACCUCAAUCGACUCUCAUCCUCCCUCACAUGCCCUCUAGUGUGUCAAUUCCAGUUUUGUGGCAUCCAAUUGAAAGAUGGCGAUUCCUUGGAAUGGCAUUACCAAGGACAUUUGGCCCACGAGCUCUCUCGUUUAGAGAAAGUUAGGGUCAAGAAGAACCCACAUGACUUUCCCAAUCGCCACUCUUUGGGUCGGGUGAGACGCCAAGCCUUUGAGCGAAUCCAAUUCCGCCGAGAGAGUCGACAAGCCUUGCCUGCCUCCACCAAUGGGACUCAAACCGUGGACCACUCACGCCCACUUCGUUGCCCGUGCUGUGAGCAAAUGGUCCAACCCGCACCGGAUGAAAGCGAUUUGUCAGAGGAGCAAAGGCUCCACGAGCAUUUAGAGGCGUGUCUUCGCGUCCCUCCCCAAUCUCAAGACAGACUCGACGAUGAGAACGAGGACGUCGAUGUGGACACGUCCAAUGAUUUCGAGGAGUACGAGUGGGCAGGCCAAACUAGAGUUCGAGCCACUUCGCUUAUUCAAGGCGGUCUUCGAGGAGCCGGAUUCUUGACGAUCACCCACGCCGAUGAAGACAUGGAGUUGGACGUGGAAAAUGUGGAGCGAUCUUAUGGGACUGCUCAAUUCACAGACGCUGAUAUCAUUUUGCCGGAGGCCGAAAACGAGAGCGAGGCCUCGGAAAGGAAUGCCUUACGAAAGAAAGUCUUGGGCCAAACGGAGAUGAUACCGAUUCCAAGAGCGAAAGAGGACGACUCGAAUGACGAGGAUGAGGACACGACUUGGUCAGGUGAAAGUGAAGCGGCUUGUUUGAAGCGGGAGAAUCAGGCCUUGAAGCAAGUCUCCAAGUGUAAUGUGUGUAUGGAUAUGUAUCGAACUCCCUUGGUGAGCGUGUGUUGCUGGCAUGUCCAUUGCCAACAAUGUUGGCUCCGGGCUUUGGGCGCCAAAAAGCUCUGCCCACAAUGUAAAGUGAUAGUGACGCCGCAGGAUUUAAGAAAAAUAUAUCUAUGAAGUGGAGACAUUUCUACUGUAUGUAUUAUCAUUGUAUGAUGUGAUUCAUUACUUUAUGCAAUUCAUUCUGAUCUACGUACGUAUAAACCCUUUAGAAACGAAGACAAAUUCACAACUCUUCA